AUGGUAGAAAAUCAUCAUUCGUCUUUAGAGGAGGCAAAUACACCCGUCCAGUCCGAUGGUGAUGUGCAGAAAUCCGAGUUGGCUGAAAUUGAUGGACCAUCGUCGAAAUCUUCACGGAUUGCAGCAGGGGAAUCGAUUGCAGACAGCGUUCGCAACUUCCUUGAAAUACGCCAAGGUGGCAUUCCCGGUGACACUGGAGUGGUCUUUCACAAGAUCUCAGCCAUUGGAAGCGGAACCGGAUCACAAGAUGCACCCACCGUCUCAUCGGCAGCCGAGUCGGCUUUUGGGCUGUUGAGUCCUCUACAAAAUCGACAAAGGAAACAGUAUUCUCGACCCAUUCUCAGCGGAUUCUCAGGCACGAUCGACCCCGGAGAAAUGUUGUUGGUACUAGGUAAACCCGGGAGCGGGUGUACAACUUUCCUGAAGACCCUGUCGGGCCUGUGGGAUGAAUAUAAGGAAAUCCAGGGUGAACUCACUGUGGAUGGUCACCCACUGCUAGAUGUGAUGGCACAGCGACCACAGGAUAUUCUCUUCUGCGCCGAGUCUGAUGACCAUUUUCCCACGUUGACUGUGGCGGAGACCCUACGCUUUGCGACCAGAGCACGAUGCGGCCCCGAAGUCUCGGCCACUAAAAUUGACACGAUGGUUGCUCAGCUAGCCAAGCUAGUUGGUCUUGAAACCGUCUUGAAUACGAAAGUGGGAGAUGCGAAGAUACGAGGAGUCAGCGGCGGAGAGCGACGGCGAGUGUCUUUGGCGGAGGCCCUGGCCACUUGUGCCCAUCUGAUUUGCCUGGAUAAUCCAACACAAGGACUGGACUCAUCCACUGCGGUCGAAUUCAUGGAAAUGAUGCGUGAGUGGACGACACAAAGUCGAUGUGUGGCCGCGAUGAGCGUCUACCAAGCCAGUGAUGCAAUUGUCUCCUAUUUUGACAAAGUCCUGGUGAUCAACUCUGGCCGUCAGAUCUUCUAUGGCCGUGUACAGGAAGCGAAGGCAUAUUUUGAAGAUCUCGGGUUUGAGUGUUUAUCGACCACCACCGUCGCUGACUUCCUUAAUGUGAUGUCCGCUGAUCCAGACGUGCGACGAGCCCAAGAAGGCAGGGAGAACCAGGUCCCACGAACGGCGGAGGAGUUUGAGCGUGCUUUCAGUGCGAGUCCUAUCUACCAGGAAAUGCAAGUGUCGGUACAAGUGGCCAAGGAGCGUUCCCAAGCCCAUCCCAGUCCCCUUGUCAAAACAUCGGCCUUUGCUCUCCCCAUCUGGCAUCAGAUUUGGUACUGUGCCAGUCGCCAAUUUCGCAUCGUCACCAGUGAUUAUAGCUUGUGGGCGGUGGAGCUCGCCACAAUCGUCGUUCAAAGUCUGGUGUUGGGCACGCUGUUCCGAAAUCAGCAGCGAACGACCAAUUCAUUGUUCAUUUUCGCGUCUUCUUUAUUCUACUCUGUCUUAGUCCCGGCACUGCAGUCCAUGGCUGAAUUUGGCAAUGGAUUCGCUCAGCGACCGCUCAUCCUGAAGCAGAAGCGAUACCAGAUCUCUCGCCCGAUUGCAUACGCUCUCGGCUUGGUCACCACGGAUGUUGUGUGGAAGGUGGCAGCGAUCUGUUACAAUAUCCCCCUGUACUUCCUGACCGGAUUUCAGCGGACGCCCGGAAAUUUCUUCACCUGGUUUCUGAUUAUCUACCUUGAGCAUCUCGCCCUGUCUAUGUUCUUUCGCUCGGUGGCCAUAUUUUCUCCCAACAUGCAUCGGGCUGUGCUGCCGGUGGGGAUUUUCUUUAAUAUGUAUGUCCUCUAUACGGGGCUUUACGUUCCUGCACCACAGAUGCAGGUAUGGCUUGGGUGGCUGCGAUAUCUAAAUCCCUUGUAUUAUGCAUUCGAGUCCGUUAUGGUGAAUGAAUUCGGAGAUCUGAGCUAUCAGUGCAGUAUCUCGGAUCUGGUCCCAUCAGGGCCAGGAUAUACCGAUAUAGCCCACCAGGUCUGUACCGUGGUGGGAUCUCAACCCGGGGAUCGUCUUCUGUCCGGGGAUUCGUACAUCCACGCCCAGUAUGGAUUCAAAACCUCCCACCUCUGGCGGAAUGUAGGGAUUAACGCGGCCCUAUUCGUUUUCUUUGCCCUUUGUUCAGGGAUCGGGAUGGAGAUGCUCAGAACACCCGCAGGUCAACUAGCCACAGUUUUCUACAAGAGCAGCUCACGAGGAAUUCACCGCCGCGAUAAAAUCGAUAAUGAAACAGGAUCAGUCCACGGAAACGACAUUUUGGACGCAUCGGCUGGCCAAGGCAACGACGCAAAUCGGUCACAAGCAAGUCAGAGUAACGCCCUUUCAUGGACCAGUCUCUGUCUUGACAUCAAAACCAGAGAUGGCGAUCAGCGUCUGCUUAACAAUCUGAGUGGCUCGAUCAAGAGUGGACAACUCAAGGCUCUAAUGGGGGUCUCGGGUGCCGGGAAGACAACCCUGCUGAACGCACUGGCUGGUCGUUCCACCAUUGGGACUCUCACAGGAACUCUGGCGCUCAAUAGUCAAUUGCUUCCCACGUUCUUCCGAAGUCGAAUGGGCUACGUGCAACAGCAGGACAUUCAUCUUCCUACUCAGACAGUGCGCGAAGCAUUGCAAAUGACGGCGCGACUUCGACGCCCAGAGUCCAUCCCUCUGGUGGAAAAAAAUGCCUACGUUGAAAAGGUGAUUGAGUGGUUGAAUAUGGAGCACAUUGCGGAUGCCCUAGUUGGUGUCCCCGGGGCCGGCCUCAAUCUCGAACAACGGAAGAAAGUCAGUAUUGGCGUGGAGAUGGCAUCCAAACCAGAAAUCCUAUUCCUGGAUGAACCGACCUCGGGUCUCGAUGGCCAAUCCGCGAUGCUGAUCGCUCGCUUGCUUCGUCGUCUGGCAGACUCGGGACAGGCCAUCCUGUGCACGAUCCAUCAACCGGCAGCAGAGCUCAUCGACCAGUUUGACAAGUUGUAUCUGCUGAGCCGCGGAGGGAACUUGGUCUAUGAUGGUCCUCUUGGAACUCGCUGCCACGAGGCAAUCGAGUAUUUCCAGUCUCGGAGUCGCCCCUACGGCUCAGAAGAGAACCCGGCAGAAUAUUUCCUGGAGGUUAUUGGGGCUGGGUCUCGAAACGACGCCCAUAUGGAUUGGGCUAGUCUCUGGCAUGACAGCCAGCAGGGCAAGGAGCGAGAGAAGGCAGAACAAAGUCUGGUCCCUGCCGCAGAACACUCCCCACCGCUGGAGCAACAGUCCCUGUAUUCGGUGCCGUUCCAUGUCCAGCUGUGGGUGGUGGUUCAGCGAACAUGGCUUUAUUAUUGGAGAGAACCAGAUUAUGUCACAUCGAAGCUCUGGAUGAGCGUCGGAAACUCCCUCCUCAACUCCCUCACCUACUUACAGUCUCCCAACACAGAGCGAGGGGCAUAUAAUCGGGUCUUCUCUGCUUUCAUGUCUCUCAUCGUGGGCCCCCCUCUAGGGCUUCAGGUGCAACCACGCUUCGUGACCCUGCGGGAUAUUUUCGUCCACCGAGAGCGAGAGAGCUUGACCUAUCACUGGCUAGCAUUUGUCUUAUCUGCAUUCAUCGUGGAACUACCCUUCACAUUUCUCAGCUCGCUAGUCUAUUGGUUGUUGUGGUACUUCCCCGUUGGCUAUUUCUACGCCCCCUCGCGCGCAGGGUACAGUUUUCUCAUGUAUGAACUCUUUGGAGUCUUUGCUACUAGCCUAGCCCAGCUGUGCGCAUCGCUGAUGCCCAACAUCGAGGCAGCCUUUGCCGCCAACGGAUUCUUCUUCAUGUUUUGUAACACCUUUGCGGGGACGCUUUCUCCAAAGCCAGUGACACCCUCGGGUUGGCGCUGGUUUUACAAUAUCUCUCCCCUCUUCUAUUUGGGCGAGGGUGUCACCGUGGACGUGCUACAAGAUUUACCCAUCCGAUGCGAGCAGUCGGAGGUUUCAAUCUUCUACGCGGCGAAUGGCACGACCUGUGGUCAGUAUGCCAAGGAUUUCCUGGAAAUUGCUACGGGAUAUUUGGUUAAUCCCACCAGCACGGCGGAGUGUCAAUAUUGCCGGUAUCGCGACGGACAAUCAUACUACCAACAAUACGGCUAUGAGUUUGCUCAUCGGCAUCGGAACAUUGGCGUUUUCAUCGGGUUUAUCGCGUUCAAUUUCACGAUGGUUCUGGUGAUGACCUAUCUUACCAAAACACGCCGCCAGUGA